AUGCCUUACUCGAACCGUGCUCACCACUCUAGGGCACCCCGCCCCUCCGCGCGCUCCAUCACCCGCCCCGGCGCCGCCGCCCCCGACCUCCAAGACUUCCCCCCCCUCCCCAGAUCCACCCGCUCAUCCCUCACCGCCAACCUCAUGUCCAUCAACCGGCUCCUGUCCCCCAGAGACGCCCCCGCUCCCGGCCGCCCCCUCACCCGCCGCGCCCUCCACGAGCUGCAGGAGACCUUCGUCGCCCCCCGCAUCCCCGCCGUCGAGCAGCAGCCGCAGUACAUCAUCCCCAUCAUCCACCGCGACGCCAGCGACACCGACGCGCGCCCGAACCCGUUCAUGCCUCCCCACCGCAGCCUCUUCGAAUUCACCGCGCGCACGCUCCCGAUCCCGCUCCCCAACCCACGCCGCGAUGAGUCGUGGCAGCGCGCAUCCUACUUCCCGAGUCCGUAUGCCCGUGGCCCGUCCAACCGCCGUGCUGAUAUCGCUUUCCGUGUCUACCGCGACGCCGCCGCCUCCACAACCGCCAUGGACCUCCGCACCGAGUCCGACGGCGCCUCGCAGGCCGACACCGUGUCGAACCACUCCAACGGCACACUGCCCACGCUGCCCGACGCCAACGGCAACCCGGUCUUUGCGACCCACGCCGAGGCUUCCUUGUAUGCGUCGGACGCCUCCGAUUGCGGCGCCGACGACGCCGCCGCGUGUCAAGUCUGCACGCGCCGCAGGGCGAUUGUGCGCUUUGUGAAGUGCACCCAUGGGUUGUGUGUGGCGUGCAUGAAGGGCACGUGGUGGGGGAGGAUCAAUCGUGAGAGACACUGGCCGACGGUGCUGCCGUGUGGGCUGUGCCGGGCGGAGGUGGAUAGAGUGCGGGUGCUGGAGGGGGGCGUGCUGGGGAGGGUGCAGGGGGUGCUGGAGUUUAUGGUGGAGAGGAGUGGCACUGUCAGGGUGAAGUUGAGGUGGGAGGAGAUUGAUAGGGUGAGGCCCGUGGAGCUGCAGCCGUGGUUGAUCUUUAAGCAUCGUCAGGUUUUCAUGCAGCAUCUCUUCCCGACGGCUGAAGGACAGCCGCCGGCGCAGGGGAGUGACAGCCUCGGCAUUGCCCAGUAA